AUGGAAAACAAGCUUGAAGCAAAAGACAAAAGCAUUCAGAAAAGAAUACCACGUUCGGUACCAAAAGGAAAAGAAAAGAACUAUAAGUAUAUGAUUUAUACUGAAGAGAUGGAAAAUGAAGAAGACAGAGAUAUGGUUAUGUUGCAUUUAGUCAGAAGAAACAACAAAAGCUUUUACGACCUUGCUAAGAUUUACAAAUCUGACAGAAAUUGGUUCUAUCGCGAAAACUUACCGAUUUCAAUGACCCCAAAUGAAGAUGUGAAACAAAUAGUUCAAGAUACGUUACCUCAAACACACUAUGAUAUGAAAGGUUGUACAAUACUUACCUUCAAAGAAGACUUACCGCUACUGAAAGAAAAAAUAACAGAGUAUUUUGACAACUUCAAACAAGCAGAGUAA